CAGUAGCUUACGCAUCGUCCUCUGUGUUCUGCGUCGUGACUACUGCUCCUCUUGUGAUAGGCAGGGAACGCGAUAAGUACGCGAUAGCGCGCCGGUCGUCGCGUCGAGAGCAUCGUCGGUAGAGAGGAGGGAUAACUGUUGGACCAGUGCGAGAGAGUGUGGACGGUGAGAAAGAUGAGGAGUGUCGGCGAAGGACGGUGAAAGGGAAACGGGAGAGAUAAUCAAAGGCGCGAGAGAGGCAUCUCUGGUCCGAUAAAGAUCGACCGGCAAAAUAAGCCGCAAAAGGAGGAAGGAGGAUCGAGCUGGGGCGAGCUCGACUUCCUCGAGCCUCGCCCGCAGCAAAGCCUUGGAAUCAUCCGGCGGCGGCCAGUUCGCCGAUUACUCCGCAGCCGGCGAAUUCGAAAUCUGGGGCGAGGAGCACCAGUAUCGGCUCGCAAAUGGCUUAGAAGCCUCCUUGCAGCCGCAGGAAGAGCCACCUUCGUCGCGUGCAAACCCGAGUCAACAGCAGCACUCGCCAUCGUCGCAGGCUCAGGUUCAACGAGGCGAGGGUGGCUCCAGCCUGAGGCCGCUGCUGCACGUCGCGCACUGCGAGUUGCAUUCGCCUCGGGACGCCGAGUUGUUGAGGCUCGACCAGCUCGACAACUACGAGCAGCAGCAGCAGCAGCAGCAACAGCAGCAGAAGGCGCAGCAAGCAGCGGCCGAGCAAGCUGAUCGGGACGCCUACGCGAUGAUGGACAACUACCACAACCCCGUGCCACCGCCGCUACCCAGGAGGCACGUCAGUCAUUCCCUGGUGCCUGGUCAUUUAAUGGUGCAGUCACCCUAUAUGCUGCCACCUCAACAGCAGCAAGUCGGCGUGGGUACCUUGGGUCCAGGCCCGGGUACUAUGGCGGGUAACGGCGGUACCAAUCCAGUGGUGCAAGGUCAACCAGGUCCACCGGGUUUGGUGAUGCCUGGAUUCCCGAUGAGAGGUGCCGCAGUGCCACAUUACUCGCCGUACUCGCCGUCGCGUUUCCACAUCGACAAGCGCUGUCAGCAUCGCUGCACCUGGAAGUGCUUUAGCAUCGCCAUGAUCCUCGUGGUCGUCGCCCUCAGCGCGAUGCUCGCCUACUUUGCUGCUGUGAGCUCGAUGAAACAAAUUGACAACGCUAAUUGCAUUUUGGCGCAAGACGUCAAGGCUGUCACUCACGAGAAUGCAAAUGUGCACGACUCGAUAUCCACGCAAAUUCCGACUGAAGCAGAGAGUCUACCAACGAGCACAGCGGAGCACUCGAGUGCGUCAGCGGACUCGUCAGCAACGUCAUCCGAACAGCACGCGCAACAGCAGCAUCAACAACAGCAACACCAGCAUCAGCAACAUCCGAGCGACCCGCAGAUUCAACAGUCGGCUCAACAAUGGCCAGCUGUUCUGGAGCUGCAAUCUUACAACGUUGCUCACUCGGCCGUAAUACCGCCUUAUCAUUUCUGGAACACGGAGUUUCGCAACAAGCAGCCCGCUUUCAUCCGGCUCAAUCUGACUCUGCCUUGGGGCGCUAAUUUCGCCGUGUACGGGCGCAGAAACGUGGCGCCAAGUGUCACGCAGUAUGACUUUGUGGAGUUCGUCAAAGGCGGCAGGCUGGAUCACCGCUUGAAGAGAGACGUGUUCGCGUCGGCCGCCGGCGCCGCACCCGUCAGCUUUACCGCCGAUCUGCCCGGCAGUCCGGCCCUGCCGCCGGAGCCGCAGCUCGUGCCUGCCUACGCCGAGGAGGAGGUGUCCACGAUGUUUCAGCACCUGCUGGCCAAGCGGUCCAGUUACGAGCCGAUGCUGGUGAACGUCAGUCUGCUGCAGUACCUGGACACUGGCCGUUGGUUCCUGUCCGUUUACAACGACGAGCUGCAGCCCUACAAGGUCACGCUGAUCAUCACCGAGGCCGAAGGGGUUUCCACCACCUGUCCCAACGAUUGCUCGGGACGGGGUUCCUGCUACCUCGGAAAGUGCGACUGUAUCGACGGCUUUCAGGGCGCAGACUGCGGGAAGAGCGUGUGCCCGGUGCUGUGCUCGAACCACGGCCAGUACGGGGGCGGCAUGUGCCACUGCGAGGAGGGAUGGAAAGGAGCCGAAUGCGACAUCCCCUUAGCCGACUGCCAGGUCCCGGACUGCAGCAGGCACGGACAGUGCGUGCGUGGCGCCUGCGUCUGCAACCCCGGAUGGAAGGGCGACUUCUGCUCCGAGACGGACUGCCCGGAUCCGGGUUGCGGAGGUCACGGCGCCUGCGUAGCCGGCAAGUGCUACUGCAAGGCUGGCUGGCAAGGGGAGAGGUGCAACCAGGUGGAUCAGCAGGUUUACCAAUGCUUGCCCGGCUGCUCGGAGCACGGCACUUACGACCUCGAGACGGCCUCGUGCGCCUGCGAGGAGCACUGGACCGGCGUCGACUGCUCGCAGCCCAGCUGCGGCCUGGACUGCGGCUUACACGGCACCUGCGAGAGCGGGCGCUGCAAGUGUCAAGAUGGCUGGACGGGGACCAAGUGCGACCAGAAGCCGUGCGAUCCGCGCUGCGCCGAGCACGGCCAGUGCAAGAACGGCACCUGCGUCUGCAGCCAGGGCUGGAAUGGCAAACACUGCACGCUGCCGGGCUGUGAGAAUAAAUGCAGUGGACAUGGAUCGUGCACGCCGGUGGGCGGCGAGUCGAGCUGCGAAUGCUUGGCUGGCUGGGCUGGUCGUGACUGCAGCAUACCUCUUGAAACCAUCUGCGACGACGACAUCGACAACGACGGCGACGGUACUAAGGACUGUUCGGACAGCGAAUGUUGUUCCGAGCCGGUAUGUUCGGAACAUCUAAUGUGCAUCGCAAGCAAGGAUCCGGUGGAGGUAUUGCUGCGAAAGCAGCCACCAUCCGUAACUGCAACCUUCCAUCAACGCGUCAAAUUCCUUAUCGAGGAGAACAGCGUGCAGAGUUACGCCCGCACCGACGAGUACAGCGAGAGUGCGUUCUGGAGUUCCUUUGAACCGCGCCGUGUUGCCGUGAUGCGCGGGCAAGUCGUUACGGAGCAAGGACUUGGCAUCAUCGACGUCAGAGUGUCCAUCGACAAGGACCAGAAGUUUGGUUUCACUCUCACGCGUUCUGGUGGAUGGUUCGACAUCCUCGUGAACGGCGGAGGUGCAGUGACGUUGCAGUUCCAGAGGAGUCCCUUCAAACCAAUGACUCGCACCGUGUUCGUGCCCUGGAAUCAGAUUGUCGUGCUGCCACCGGUCGUGCUCACCAUCGACGACGAGGCAGACAGCGUCAAGCCGAUCAAUCAACCGCCCAGUCCACCUAUUGUAGCCAAAUCGACGCUGGGCACACCAGGUUUUCCAGGCUUCUCGGCAUCGUUAUUCGACGAGCAUGGUCCAUGCAUGGAACACGACCACGAGAGUCUUCGGCCGAUAAUCGUCAGCACGUGGAUGCCAGAAAAGCUUGGAGGACUGCCAGGCAAGAGUCUCGUGUUCGCCGAAACUCAGAUCGUUCAAGAAAGCAUCGCCAUCCCGGGCUCGAACCUGCACCUGAUGUAUCGCAGCAGCCAAGCGGCCGGUUAUCUGUCAACCGUGAAGAUGCAGCUCACCGGGCCGUACAUCCCGAAAACACUGACUCACGUGCACGUUCACGUGGAGAUCGAGGGCUCGGUACACACGAAAACCUACGAAGCCGACCCGCAGCUCACGCACACCUUUGCCUGGAGCAAGCGCAACGUUUACAAGCAGAAGGUCUACGGCGUGGCGCAGGCUCGCGUGUCCGUCGGCUACCAGUACUCGAGCUGCCCGCAAAUCAUCUGGGAAACGCAGACGGCCACGCUGCAAGGCUUCGACGUGGACAUCUCUGACGUUGGUGGCUGGGGUCUGGACAUUCAUCAUCACUACAACUUUCACGAGGGUAUACUGCAGAAGGGCGACGGCUCGACGUUACACUUCAAGCAGUACCCGCGCAAAGUGAACGUGGUUAUGGGCACCGGCCAGCGGCGAGAUCUGUCGGGCCAGAACUUUGAUGGCCUGGCCAAGGACGCGAGGCUGCUGACGCCCGUGGCGCUGACCAGCGGACCCGACGGCAGUAUUUACGUAGGAGACUUUGAUCUCGUCCGACGCAUCACCCCCGAGGGCAAUGUUUACACGGUUCUCAUUCUCAGCGCGACGCAAGUUGCCUACCAGUAUUAUCUGUGCGUGUCGCCGGCGGAUGGGCAUCUUUACAUAAGCGACCCGGAAAAGCAUCAGAUUCUUCGCACGCUUACCUUAACCGACGUGAAGGACCCGAGGAUUAACAUCGAGCCCGUGGUUGGCAAUGGCGAGAGGUGCAUUCCUGGUGACGAAGGACAUUGUGGCGACGAAGGACCGGCCGAUAAGGCUAAGCUUGCGCAUCCUAAAGGCAUCGUCAUAGCGGCGGACAAAACGAUGUUCAUAGCGGACGGCACCAACAUCCGGGCGGUCGACCCCAACGGCAUUAUCCACACGCUGGUGGGUCACCACGGCCACCACAACCGCUGGUCCCCGGCACCCUGCGUCGGCGCCAUUCCCGCUCAACAGGCACAACUGCAAUGGCCUACGGGGCUCAGCCUGUCGCCGCUCGACGGCUCGUUACAUUUCAUCGACGAUCGACUGGUUCUCAAGCUGACCAGCGACCUGAAAGUUCGAGUGGUCGCCGGCACUCCGCUGCACUGCGCCGGUGGCAGUGGCGGCAGCGGCGGCGGCGGCGGCGGCGGCGUAGGCGGGGGCGGCGGCGCGAGCAACGCCGAGGUGCAGAAGAGCGCUGGCGCCGCGACCAACGCCAGCCUGCUGCUCGGGACUAAGAAGACCGACGAGGUGUUGGGCUCGGUCUUGGCCAUCUCGUUCGCGCCCAACGGCGAGCUCUACAUUGCCGCCAGAGAUUCUCACCGAGUGAACAGCAUUCGCGUCGUCGAUUCAGCCGGCAAGAUGUCGCACUUUGCAGGCCAACAGAAGGAGGACAUGAGGGAGCAAUGCGAGUGCAACAACACCACUCCGAGCUCCAGUGACUCCGAAGUGAACUGUGGUUGCGCCGACGAGUCAAGUAGCACUGAAACGCUGCUCUCCUCUAACGCCAAGUUCACCUCUAUUUCGGCACUGACUGUCUCGCCGGACGGUAUUGUUCAUGUUGCCGAUCAGGGCAGCUUGCAUAUUUUGGCUCUCAUGCCCUAUUUACCGAAUCACGACGACAACGGAGAGUUUAAUAUUCCAUUUCCGCCGACCAACGAGGUCUACGUCUUCAACAGAUACGGUCAGCACGCUGCGACCAAGGAUUUGACGUCCGGCAAAACGCGCUACUCGUUUCUCUACAGCAAGAACAUGAGCCUGGGCAAACUGUCGACGGUGACCGAUGCAACGGGCAACAAGAUCCAAUUCUUACGCGACUACAGCAACGCGGUGAGUUCGAUCGAGAACACCCAGGAUCACAAGUGGGAGCUGAAAAUCAGCGGUGUUGGCUUCCUCGAGAGACUGUCGGAAAAAGGGCGCGCUGACGUGACGCUCGGCUACGACAUCGAUACUGGACUACUGACCAGUCGAUCCGGGGGUCGCGAGACCUACAUCUACAACUACGACGAUCUGGGACGCGUCACCGACGCUAUCCUGCCUACUGGUGAAAAAGUCAAGCUCACUUCGGAUCUUACCAAUGACGAGGGCCUAUUAGUCAAAGUUGCUGCGCCAUUGCAAGCCCUGAAACGUGGCGAUACUCAGAGAUUUAUGGAAUUCAAGAUGAGAAACGAACGAUUGAAAAUGCUCACCAUUACCGAUGGUACAAUGGUGAAGAAAGCUACUGCAUUCACCAAUAGUACGCUGGAAGUGCAGCUUCCCGGCGGCGGUAGGAUAGUGAGCGCAGCAUUGACGAAGCAUCCACUGCUCAAGGCAUCGUUGCCCGUUGAGGCGGAAAUGUUACCAAUGUGGAGUUACCAGGCAAUGUCCCUCGGCGAGCUCACCAAUCACAUGCAAACCAGCUACAAUCUCAUCGGUGACGUCAGUCACCUGCAGCAAACUCUUAAUCGCGAGAUCUGGGUGAACGACAGCCGUGUGGUCAGCGUCGAGUUCGAGCAGGCAUUCAGUCGUGAAACAUUCUACGACAAAUCUCGCACCCCAUUGUUGACCGUCACCUUCGACCCGGCCGGCUUACCGUUGCUCUGGCAACCGCACGAGAGAGGUUACAGCUUGAGCAUCCAGUACGACAGAUUCAACAGGAUUCAGAGCUGGAAGUGGGGUUCGUCGGACGAGUCGUACGGCUAUGACAGGCACGGCCAUCUCAGUCAAAUAUCCAAUAGUCAAGAUGGCACCAAGACCUUUACAUACAACGAGCUCAACACCCUGUCCAACAUAACGCUGGCCAGCAACCGUAUCUUCAGUCUGGAGUACGACGACGACGGUGGUCUCAGAUACAUCAUUCUACCCUCUGGUACGAAGCACUCAUUCUCCUGCCAAGCAUCGCUGGGCUUCAUGAGAGUCACUUACACACCACCCGGAAGCUCAAGGUCGUAUCUCCAGCACUAUAGCCACGAGGGUAAUCUUUUGCAAACAGUAUUCCCCGGCGAUGGUGCUCGCAUCGUUUAUCGUUACCACACUUCCGGUCAACUUGCUGAGAUAGUACAUGGCGACGGCAAGAGCGAGAUGCACUACACUGAAACUGGCUUACCGUCGGAGGUUAUUCACUCAGAACGAGACGUCGAGUACAAGUGGGACUACCAAUACAGCGGUGGUCUUUUAGUUGAAGAACGCAUCGACUUUGGAGCCAAGACUGGUCUCAGCAACGCUAAAUUCACCUUCGACUACGACUCCAACUUCCGUCUAGUUGCCGUUCAGGGUCGUAUCGGUGGAUUGACGCUGCCAUCUCACGCCAUGGCCUACAGUCUAAAAACCGGAAUGCUCGAGCAGAUUGGUCAGUUCAAGGUGACUCGACCACAGCCUAACGAAACCACCAUCCACGACGGUAUGGCGAUAUUUUCGCGAACCGUUGACUCGAGAUUCCUCGAGACGCAGAUUACCGUUACCAUCCACGGACUCGAAGUAUUCAGAAUGGAGUUCACUCACGACUCGCGAGGUAGAAUCAAUCAAACUCGCACUUACACGAGAAAUGUUGGUGUCAAUACUUACACUAACGUUAAAAAUUACACUUGGGAUUCUGAUGGUCAACUGACCGGUGUCGAAGCGCAAGAACCUUGGGGCUUCAGAUACGACGUCAAUGGCAACAUGCUAUCGCUGACAUACCGAGGCAACAUCAUUCCGAUGGAGUAUAAUUCAAUGGACCGGAUAAUCAAGUUUGGCGAGGGUUUGUACAAGUAUGACAACCGAGGGUUGGUCAUCCAAAAUGCCCGGGAAGAGAGGUUCAGUUACAAUGCCAAGGGAUUGUUAGUAAGAGCAUUCAAACGUGGCAGAUUCGAUGUCAGAUACUACUACGAUCAUCUGGACAGAUUAGCGGCGAGAAAGGACAACUACGGCAACGUCACGCAAUUCUUCUACAACAAUCAGAAGAGGCCGUACGAGGUCAGCCAGAUCUACAGUCCCAGAGAUGGAAAACUCAUGUCGCUGGUUUACGACGACAGAGGACAUCUCAUCUACGCACAAGUUUACAGGCACAAGUAUUAUAUUGCGACCGACCAAUGUGGCACGCCCAUCAUGAUUUUCAAUCAGUAUGGCGAAGGUAUCAGGGAAAUCAUGAGGUCGCCUUAUGGACAUAUUGUCUAUGACUCUAAUCCGUACCUGUAUCUACCUGUCGACUUCUGUGGUGGUUUGCUUGAUCAGAUCACGUCACUUGUCCAUAUGCCGAAUGGUAAAGUGUAUGAUCCGUUGAUUGGUCAAUGGAUGUCACCACUUUGGGAGGACGUACUCGACAGGCUAAAGAGGCCGACGCACCUACAUCUUUACCGGUUCAACGGCAAUGAUCCAAUCGACGUACGACACUCUACAAAAUCCAAUCUUCCUACGGAUCACACAAGCUGGCUGGCAAACCUCGGCUACGACUUGAAGAGCAUGGCGCCACAACUGUUUCUCGAGAGUCUAGCAAGUAGUUUGGUACCACCGAGUCUCGAGCCACGUACCUCGAUAUUCGGCAAGAAGCGUGAAACAAAUCUCGGCAUCCAAUCAGGCUUUUUGGCCUACAUCAACCAACGACAUUCGAGCGAUGCAGUUGGACUGUCGGCACCGCCACGAUCAGCCUUGAAGAAGGACGUCGCCGAUCUGAUACCUGACAGAUUAGGCGCCGCCUCGGACCCACCAUUCGGUGUUGGCAUUUUGGUAUCGCGAACGAAGACCAAUCAGGCUGUGGUGUCGAGUGUUCCAGCGGCCAACUCCAUUUACAAGGAUGUCUUCACGACGGUCUUCAACGAGUCGUACUUCCUGCCGUUCACCUUCGUCGUUCACAGCUCUCAACAAGAUGCCUUCUACUUCGUGAAGGAGGAAACAUGGCGUGCUCAAGACGAUCAAGGUCAACUGAAACGACUGGGCGGAAAAGUCAACACCACCUUCCACGAUAAUUCGAACGGUAGUGGUAGCGUGAGCGACGUCAAAAUUCACGGACCAAGUUACGUGAUAAACCUUCGCUACGGUACCACCGCCGAGAAGGAACGUCAAAGACUGUUGCAUCACGCAAAGAUGAGCGCCGUGCGUAAAGCAUGGCAUCGCGAACGCGAAGCACUGAAAGCUAACACACCGACGAGCGUGGAAUGGACAGCAGCCGAACAAGACGAAAUAGUGAAGCUUGGUUCGGCAUCGAAUUACGAAGGCGAGUACGUCCACGACGCACAAUUAUAUCCUGAAUUGGCGGAAGAUCCGUACAAUGUGAGAUUCGUGAAGAAAGCUGCCGCGGAAUCGAGUACCGGUAAGAAACGUAGACGACGGAGAGCCAGUUGUAACAUAUGGUGGCUCGACAAGUUCUGCUAGAAGUAUACCAAAGUGUGUGUGUGCUGUGUGCUGCUGUGCGUGAGUGAGUUUUUUUUUGUCACGAGAUGCCAAAAUAAAAAGAAAACGCAUGGGACUUAUCAAAUACACACAAACUCGCCACCCGCGCACGCUCGCGCGCGAUAUAUAGAUGUAUAUGUAUAACUUAUAGACACAAGAGAAAAAUGGGAGAGAUAAAUACGUCCGCGGGCAGAAAAAAUAUAUAAAAGAAAAAAAGGCGCACGAUAUGAAACCUAGUCAAUACGUAGCUUUAAAUGCGGGAUUUUUAAAUGCUCGCGGACGGUGCUGCUAAAUUUUGUCUCCUGAACAAGGUGCAAGGCGUAUUUUUUUCCGAAUGACUAAGGCACUGCCAUAGCGUCCACGUGUGAUGAGAAUGAUAACGAUAAUUUGAGUGUGUGUGAUAUUACGUGAGAGAAAAAGAUACAAGUGAGAUUGUAAUUGUGCUUACGUAUGUAUGUGUAUAUGUAUAUGUAUAUGUAUAUGUAUAUAUACAUAUAUAUAAUGAGAGAGAAUGGCGCUAAGAGCACACUUUCGUCAAAGUUUCUUUUUUAUUAUUGUAAUUGCGUUCGUUGUGUAUAACUACCGCGGAGUAAAACAUCAAAGAACUUUGUAUAUCGUCACGUGUAGCACGUAGCAGCGCGUCGUUGUUGAUUUUGUUUCUUUUCUACGCUUCAAUUCAGUAUAGCGCAACGUAUAAAAAUUACACACACACAUACAAACACACGCAUACUUAUACACACGAUAAACGAACGAAAGUCGAAUUAAAUGUAUAUGUAAUUAUAGAGAAUAUUUAGGAGAAGUGUAUAUUUUUUAUUAGUUAUUCGUGUAAUAUCAAUUGAUAUUUUUUGAGGACAGGCGAGAGAGAUUGAGCGAAAAAAAAGAAAAUACGAUAAUAUGACGUUUUUUCGAUGUUUGCAUACGACAAUUUAUUUUUCAGUUAAAUUAAUUUUUAUGAAUGUGACCAUCAUGAAAUAUAUUGUUUCCUUCUACAAAAACUUGACUGAUUGUCAAUUACGAUUAUAAGAACGUCGAUGGAUCCCUUGGUUCUUCCACGUGCCAUAUGUAUAAAAUACCAGCCGCUAAAGUGUCAUAUUUGUUUUGUAAGAAAGAUAAAAACCAAAAAUAAAAAGCCUGAUGUACAUUUAUUUCAUGUGUUUGUUCACGUGCAGUUGUAUAUUUAAUGAUUGGGGAAAACUUUCUUAUUGCCAGGAUAAUUUUUUUAUUGUACAAUAAUAACAAAAUUAAUUUCACAUGUACAUGAAUUUCAACUUAGCGUCUGCCUUCUCGACCAUUCGUUCGCUGUGCAAAAGAAUCUAUCAAAUGAGACCUUUAUUUCCAGAGAUGAUUAGUUUUACGAAAAGCCAGUAUGUCUGAAACAAAAAAUAAAAUUACAUAAGAACCGUAACAAAAGAUACGAGUGCGUGAGAAUAGUUAAAAAAUAUAAAUUACUAACAAAAUAAUAAUAAUAAUAAUAAUAAUAAUAAUAAUAGUAAUAAUAAUAAUAAUAAUAAUAAUAGUGACAUCUUUACGGCUAGAUAGUGAACGACGAUGUCACUGUCUGUUUUAGAUAAUGAAACAAAAAAAUUGCUACUAGAUGGAUAAAAGAGAACAAAAGUGACUCGUUAAAACUAGGAGCGUGAGAGCUUUGAAAAAUAAAGAUAUCUUUUAAAGUAAAGGAGAUUUAAAUAAAAGGAUUAAAAAAAAAAACGCGAUGGAGAAAAUGAGGAAAAAAAUUCGAAAGCGUUUUGAGACUGACACUUAUUCCAUUCUGUAGCUCAACGGCUGGUUUCUUCCGAUUGGGCCACAGUUUCGAGUUGUGAUCAUCUAAACACGCACCGUCACACUAAUUAUAAUGAUAAUAUCGAACCAAAAGAAAAAGCGUUAACGUAAUUUAUAACGGGGAGUUAGGUAUAAAUGUGUUUUACACGUCAAACUGUCAAAUUGAAUCAACUAUUUUUUAAUAAAAAAAAAACUGAAAAGAAUUAAUCAGAUUAUAAAAUAGAAUUGAAUGCGCGUUUGAAACUCCAUUAUAAUGAUAAAUCGGUCGCUAUUUUCCGUUUGAACGAUGAAAAAGAAAGGAAAAAUUAUUGCUCUUCUGUUCGUUCAGGACGAUGACAAGGAUCGUAUCCUUUUAUAGUAAGCAGGGGGUCGGAUUCGAUCUUUUUUUAGAACAGAUGAUUUGAUUUUCAAGACAGAUUACCAUUUUUGCAUAUGUACGACAUAUGUAUCUACAUACAUUUUAUAUCUAUUGUAAAAAAUAUUUAUAAUGCAUAAAUAAUUUAUUUGUAAUAUGAAACACUAUUGGAUGUAAAUUAUAUUGAGAAAUAAAUUAUCAUGUGCAUGAGCUUAGCAAUGAUCGAAGGUGUUUUGAGUUUAUCUCGUAUAAUUCCAUUUUUCAUGUAAAUUAAUACGUGUAAAGUAAUUAUACUACAUAUGGCUGAUAAAAUCAGCUUGUAAUUUAUAAAAAAUAUACUUUUGAAUAUAGAGACAGUUUUAAAAUGCUUCAUAUAUAUUAAAGAAAAAAAUAUAUAUACUAAUCUUGAAAUAAUGAACUUCUGUGCAAGUACUGAAUUGCCUAUAUUUCUAUGAAGCUACUUUAUACAAUUGAUACUUCUGGAAAGAGCGAAUCCAUACCCCGAGAGAUUUUUCUAAAAGUAAACUUAAUAAACGUUGCAAGAAUUUCCUACAAAUAGAGCACAGAAAUCUCAUUGAAUAUUGCAAAUUCAAAUACACACAGAAUACACAAUACUCGUAUCAAACACACGUAUGCUAAAAAACCGCUUUAUAGGGGCAAAUUAAAAUUACGUUCAAUUUUUUUACGCCAAGUUUUUUUAUCGAAUAAUAAAAACGUGACGACGAGGUUUAAAAGGUGUAACUUUAAACGCGCAUUCGAUUAAUGAAGCUUAAUCAAAGUGUAAUUAAGAAUUUAUAAUCUACUAGAAGGGAAGUCAAAGUUCAUAGAACUUGUAUCAAGAAAAGGCACAAAGUCUCGAGCAAUUGAGGCGUAUAAAAUGAGAAAAAGUGGACAAAACAGAACAAUGCGAAUUUUGUUUUUCGGGCUCUGACGACGACGACCACUAACUAAUCGCUACUUUAAACGUCGCUGAUCUAAUUGUUUAACUGUCAAGUGUUGCUGUAAUGGUUGAAAAGAGAAAAAAAAUGAAGAAAAAAUAAACGAAAAAGGAAAAAUAACCAAAAAAACAAGAAACCUACCGGUAUGACCUAUUGACAUGGACACAUAUACGUAUACAUAUUAUAUUUUAUUUAUAUAAAUAUAUAAGCAAAUACACCUAUAAUUGACUGUAUUUAUUGUACAUAGUACACACCGAUGUUUGCUAUGACGUACUGGAUAUAUCUGUACUUGAAUGGUUAAUAAGAAGAACACUUAUCUAUGACACGAGGAAACAAAGGAAAAAAAUGAUUAAACUAAGAUGUAUGAUUAAUGAUUUUUUGGGAGAGAGAUGAAUCGUUUAUUAACGUGCCCGCGCCUCAACGGAUUCUCGCCUCCCUCUUACCUACCCUUUUUAAAAUGCGAACGAAUUAAGAAAGGCGGAGACACAUACACACUCACACUUAUACGUGGAAUAAACAUAUAAUUACGGUGUAUGAGAGAUGAAAGCGCGCAGACCAAUUGUCAUUCGAAAAGAAAAAAAAUAUAAAGAAAAAUGGGAAAGCUGAAUGUAAUGUGUUUAUUAUAUGUCGUAAACGUUAUAGCUCGGCGAAGAAAAUUAAGUAAAAAAGAAUAAACACGCAUGUAUGAUUUGUUUGUUUUUACAUGUAUAUCGCUCUGUGCUUCUUGUAGUCCAUUAAUCACCUUACACUUCGAAUUGUAUCAUUUGAAAAAUAAGACGAUUCAAAGUGUAGAAUAAAGAAUGAUUUUUCGUGUAAUAAUUGUAUUACAUGAAUAUAAAAGCUGACUGUGUUAUAUAAACGUUAAUUUGCGCUGCGAAUAAUCUUGCGACGAGACUCGCUGUUUUUUGUGAUGUCCUCGCGUUUGUGCUAUUUUUAUAAAAAAUAAGAAUUUAAAUGACAAAAAAAAAAGAAAUAAAAACACGAAAGACUCGUACAAGGGAAACGCGGUAAUUUUCCUCGUAUUUAAAAUUCGUAUUUAAAAUUAGUUUUGCUAAUUUCACGCACACCCGUGAACACUAAACUGCCGAUAUGUAUUUUUACGCUUAUUGUCAUUGUCCGUUUGAGAUCUGCCCAAAAAUGAAAUUAUAAACGAAGAGAAGCAUUUCGAAUGAUAACUACGACGAUCAUUAAGAAACUUCACUUUAUUUUUCGCGAAUUGCGAAAUUUUGUUAAUCACGAGCUCGUCACAAACACAGAUGUCAAUAUUACACUCGUAAAGAAAAAAUGAAAAAAAAAAGGAAGAAAUAGAAGCGUUUUAGAAGAAUUAAUCACUUGAUUGCUGUAAAGGCGUGGAGUUUAAAAGAUGCUUUCGGUAUAACGCAUAAUUGUAUACCGCGAAGGUGAGCGAUGAAGUUUCCAAUCGAUCGCGAUUUUUCAUCUGACCGAAUCGACAGAAAAUUCAGCGCUCGGGUUUUCGUUUUAAUCUGAAUCGCGACUACGAGAUUUAUGUAAAGGAAACGAAUUUUCAAAUUGCCUCUUUCUAUUGUACUCGCGCACCAUUUCAUGAGCGUAGUCACAAUUUGGACAAGGAGGGGAUAAUGUACUUUAGGACGACUUUUGACUUUCGAAUUUUUCAUAUUUGAAGAAGUUUAAAUUUAAAUGAACAAACGAAAAAUAAAAUAAAUAAAUGAGAGAGAGAGAGAGAGAGAGAGAGAGAGAGAGAGAGAGAGAGAAUGAGAGAAAGGAUGGGAUUGAUACUAAUGAAAAGCGAACUGGAGAAGCUCCACGUACAGUCGCGACUCUCAACCCAACCAGCAUGUCCAACAAUUUACGAUAUAAUUAUAAG